AUGUAUCUUAUCUCAAUAGUCACUCUUUCUAUUUGCCUGUUAAAUAUUGACCAAGUCGAAUCAUAUCAAUGUUCAUGUUCGUGUUGUUUUGGUCGGGGCUGUCAACCAUCCCAAUUACCCGGUUUAGUCGAUGCUCAACAAUGUACCGAUGCAUCAUGUUUAGAAGCUUGCAAAGCGCGAUAUUAUCAAUGUAAUGUAUUACCUGAAAACGGUCAAGCUAUUGGAAAAUGUCUUACAACAACUACAACAACUACGAAUUCUCCAAUCAUUGGUGGUCCAUAUUCAUGUCAAUGUUCGUGUUGUAAUACAGGUUCAUAUUUAUGUGCACCUACAUUCGUUGGUAAUACAAAUUCUUUUUCAUGCCAAGUUGGUGCAUGCAGUAUAGCUUGUACUAAACAAUAUCCACAUGUAUGUGUAAAUAACCAAUUUGGUCAAACUCAAGGUACUUGUGUUGGAACAUUCACUUCCACAGUAACUAUACCAAGUGGAUCAUCACGAUGUGGAUGUGCUUGCCAAUUAUCAACUGGAUAUCAUUAUUAUGAAGUGAUUACCAUGAAUGGCUGUUCAUCAUGUUACAGUGCUUGUCAAUCAAUUCAACUUCAAUGUUAUGCUCAUCAAACAACCUAUUGUUCUAGUUAA